AUGGUUGUCCAUCACCGGCUUACAGCCGAGUCCCUCAUCGAGACCCCCAAGAGAAGCCCCGUCGUGCCAAACUACAAUGGCGAAUAUGGCCUGUAUACCGUCUCGACACACAGAAUCGGCUGCGGCACCACGAAGGAGGUUCGAGUGAUGCACUUUGAAGACAAUCAGUCUGUCCAGCUGACCGACGACGCCAAUGUCCACGACGCCCGCUGGAUCCCGCACACCAACGAUGUGGUCUAUCUCAAGUCGACGGAAAAUGGACGGACCGAGGUGUUCUUUGCAAGAAGCUUUGGCAAGGACCAUUUUAAAAUUGCCGAAUUUGAUGCAGCGCUGUCGAGCCUCAAGCUGAAAGCGCUCGCGGAUGGGACCGUCGUCUUCAUGGUCGCCGGCCUGUCGGACCACCAUGGCCUGCUGUACAACGAAAAGGCAGAUCAGAAGCCCGACUCGGUCUUUUUAAAACAUGCCAGGUCCGAAUUUGUGGUUGACCGGACUCUGCAGUGGAACGAGCUCUACCGUGAGCAGCGAUACAGUCUCUGGUACAACGUGCUGCGACACACGAGCAGCCGGAGAUGGGAGCUGCCGGAGAUCCUCCACAACCUCGUUUCCGAAAACACCAUCGAGGCGCCGUACGGCAUGUACAUGUCCGGUCCGACGCCGGCCGUGGACAACUUCGACCUGGCCGACGGCGGCGUCGCCUUCAUCGGCCGCGACCUGGCCCGGACGUCGCCGGAGCAGAGCGAGAACACGUAUCCCUACUUUGUCGCCAUCGACUCGUACACGCUCCCGCCCGCGCAGAAGCCACAGCCGAUUGCCGUGCCGCCCAGCCUGCAAGGACAGGCCUCGUGCAUGCGGCUGUCGCCCGACGGCACCACGCUCGGCUUCCUCUUCGCCCGAGAGGGCGGCGACGUCGAGGACCGGCACCUCUACCUGUGCCCGACCAGCACGCUGCAGUCAUUCAACUUUUUCCAGCUCGUCAGCCGCACCGUGCCCGCCGACGACUACAACCCGCCGACCCGCUUCGACUUUGCCGGCGACGCCUAUUCCUGCGUCUUCAUGAGCGAGCGCUGCGGCCGCGUCGUGCUUUCCUACCUGAAGCUCGGCGAGCACCGGAGUCCCGUAACCAUUUUCGAGCGUGGCACCGCGGCGGCGUACUACCCGCUCGUGCACGGCGACUGGAGCAGGCUGCUCGUCUCCAGCAGCAGCUUCAUUGACUGCAGCCUCUGGCAGGUCGUCGACGUGGAUGCGCAACGGGUCGUCCGGACCAUCUCGUCCGCCACGCGGGACGGCGAGAAGCUGGGGCUGCACGCGGAAAUGGUGUCGGAGCUUUGGUUCGAGGGCUCGGAAAGCGCGCUCAUGCAUGCGUUUGUCGUGCGCCCGGCCGCAUUUGACGUCACAAAGACGUAUCCGUGGAUCUUGUCGCCGCACGGCGGCCCGGAGGCGGCCUGGACGGACGGCUGGAAGCAGCAGUUUCACGCGGCGGCGUGGGCGGAGCAGGGCUACGUGGUCAUCCUGCCAAACAUUACCGGCAGUACCGGCUUUGGCACCAAGUUCCGCGACAACGUUCGAGGAUCGUGGGGUGGACGCCCAGUCGAGGAUCUCCUUCAGCUGAUGAAGCAUCUAGAGACUGUUCCCUAUCUCGACCAGGAUAAAGCCGUCAUCAUUGGCGCAAGCUUUGGCGCCUACAUGAUCAGUUGCCUCUGCAGCCACGAAGUCGUCACCAAGUUUUGCGGCGCCAUCUGGCACGACGGCAUCUUUAGCCUACCCACCUGGCUGCUGCAGACCGACCAGAUCGUCCACGAUGGCAGCUUCGGUGCGAGCACCUUUCCCUGGAUCCAGCCGGCGAACCUCGCGCAGUUCGACCCGGCGCGGCCCGACCGGCUCGCGCAGUUCCGCCACGCACCACCGACGCUCGUGACGAGCGGCGACCGGGACUACCGGUCGCCGACGACGGAGGCGCUGGCUUUUUUUAAGACACUGCGCGGGCAAGGCGCGCCCGCCGCGCUGCUCACGUUUGCCGACGAGGGCCACUGGAUCACGGACAGGGAGGAGAAUGCGCUGCGCUGGUACAGAACGGCAUUUGCGUGGGCAAAGAGCUGUGUCGAGGGCAGGAUUCGGCGCGGUGAUGUGGACUACAGCAUCUCCGAGUAG